AUGCGAACGCAUACGACGGUCAAAGGCUUCUGCCUGUGCCACAUACUCUGCGUGUGGCGUAUCAUCGGACGCCUGGGCAUCUAUCUGGGCUUCUACAAUGUGAGCUACACGGAGAGCGCGCACUUCGUGUGGGGCGAACUCUUCUAUGCGCAGAUGAUGACCGUGCUAAAUAUGAUUGGCUCAUUGGGCUAUCUGUGGCUCAGCCAGGGCUGGGCUUACGAUGAGCUGCUGUUCCUGCUCUUCGUUCCGCUCUACAUCUACUUUCUGCGGCUGCGCCAGCAUCUCACCAAGCUCCUGAAUGCUUGCACCCAAAUACACGCCACGCUGCAACGCGCGCUGGGCAACUGGAUGUGUGUGCCGCUCUGGCGAGAAUGUGCUCUCACAUUGAUGCUGUCCGCCGAGCUGCUGGCCCUGUUCUUCUGGCAGUUCCAUAUGUACUACAGCUAUCAGGCGUGCUUCAUAGCCGGUGCCGCUCUCAUCUACUACAUGCAUCUGCUCUUUCUGGGCAACUACCUCAUCUGGCUGGCCAGCAUCUAUCGCGCGCUGAAUGUGUUUCUUCAGCAGCACAUGAAGAGCUCUCGCCUAGCCACCCUGCGCACUAUACUGGGAGAGCAGCUGGGUAUUUGGUGUCUGCAUUGGAGCAUCAUACGCUACUUUGCUUUGCAUCUGCUUAGUUUUGUGGGCUUCAUUGCGAUUCGCUUCGGUCAGCUGCUCCUGGACUGGCAAUCCUCCGACCAGCUGAAUGUGGAUCGCACGCGCCUGUCUCAUCUGUUGCUGUUGCUGCUGACUUUUGUGACGCUGAUGCUCUGCUCGUACGAUGUGCAGGACCAGCACUGGAAGUUCUAUGACAACUAUUUGCAGUUGGAAGAUCGCUUGGAGUACUUCAAAUUGAGGUCCUGGUGCCUGCUGCGCCAACAGACCCUGCCCAUGCCCUUCGGCCUGCCCAUACAACGACUCUGCGUCAAGCCACAGCACAAACGAGACGUCAUCAGCAUGUUGUUUUUCAGCAAUUUGCCGGUGACUGAGCUGCGUCGCCAGCCCCUGCUUGUGGCCAUCCUGGGCCUCAGCUCUGAACACCUACAAUUGACGCUGCCCAUGCUGCUGAACAUCUCUAUCCGAGGGGGCUACGUAUUUCUACUCUCCCUCUAUCUAUACUCAGCCCAGCACGCAGAAAUGCAAAUUAACUUCUACAACGGCUAUACGAAACGCAAUUUCGAUAUAAAUGUUACCCAUGCAAUUAGCCAGAUAUAUCGCAGGUAUUCCCUUGAUGAAUUUGAGUGA